AUGGAGCCGGUCGCACAGCAAGCGAUGCGCGUACCAGAUGAGCGGCAGCGCAGACUCACCAUUCGCAAGUCUGACGGAACGGAGCUGUACCGAGGUCUGGGCUCCGGGUUUCUGGAUUGGGGUCAGACGUUCAUGCGUCAGAUUCAGUACGCACAAGCAGCUUGUGCUUUUGGCUGGUCAGAUGACUUGAAGGCUGACUUGCUUGGUCACUACAUGAGUGGCACGGCCGAGCGGUACAACAACAAGCAGGUUAAGACAGGUUAA